CAGCCCCGGGCGGGCCCCUAGCCCCACGUCAACAGCGGAGGCACCACGGCCUGGCUCUACGCCUACGCCGCUGACGUAACGUCAUCUUGCGGGACGUGGACGGAAGAACGACGACAGUAAGCCGGCGCCAGAAUCGGCCCCGCGUGGACGACGGGAGGGGCGGCGGGGCCGGGCGCGCUGCGGUGAGGCAGGCACUUUGAUCAGUGACCACAUCGCAACAUGUUGAGUCAAGUCUGCCGCUCUGGCUUCCAGCCCUUCAACCAGCGUCUCCUGCUCUGGGCUCAAUCCACAGCUCUCUCCAGAUCUCAUCCUGUCCAGCCUUCAACCAUCAGAAAUAUCCGUUCUUGGAGCAACAUCCCAUUUAUCACUGUACCCCUUAGUCGCGCACAUGGCAAGUCUUUUGCCCACCGCAGUGAGCUGAAGCAUGCCAAGAGAAUCGUGGUGAAACUUGGAAGCGCCGUGGUGACCCGAGGGGAUGAAUGUGGCCUGGCACUGGGACGCCUGGCAUCUAUUGUUGAGCAGGUGUCAGUGCUACAGAAUCAAGGCCGAGAGAUGAUGCUGGUAACUAGUGGAGCCGUAGCUUUCGGCAAGCAACGCUUACGCCAUGAGAUCCUUCUGUCUCAGAGCGUGAGGCAGGCCCUGCACUCGGGGCAGAACCAGCUGAAGGAGAUGGCAAUUCCUGUCUUAGAAGCCCGAGCCUGUGCAGCCGCGGGACAGAGUGGACUGAUGGCCUUGUAUGAAGCCAUGUUUACCCAGUACAGCAUCUGUGCUGCCCAGAUUUUGGUGACCAAUUUGGAUUUCCACGAUGAACAGAAGCGCCGGAAUCUCAAUGGAACACUUCAUGAGCUCCUCCGAAUGAACAUCGUCCCCAUUGUCAACACAAAUGACGCUGUUGUCCCCCCAGCUGAGCCCAAUAGUGAUCUCCAGGGGGUAAAUGUUAUUAGUGUCAAAGAUAAUGACAGCUUGGCUGCCCGGCUGGCUGUGGAAAUGAAAACUGACCUCUUGAUUGUUCUUUCAGAUGUAGAAGGCCUCUUUGACAGCCCCCCAGGGUCAGAUGAUGCAAAGCUCAUUGACACAUUUUAUCCUGGAGAUCAGCAGUCUGUGACAUUUGGCACCAAGUCAAGAGUGGGAAUGGGUGGCAUGGAAGCCAAGGUGAAAGCGGCCCUCUGGGCUUUGCAGGGUGGCACUUCGGUGGUUAUUGCCAAUGGAACCCACCCGAAAGUGUCUGGGCAUGUCAUCACAGACAUCGUAGAGGGAAAGAAAGUUGGCACCUUCUUUUCCGAAGUGAAGCCUGCAGGCCCUACUGUUGAGCAGCAGGGAGAAAUGGCUCGAUCGGGAGGACGGAUGUUGGCCACUUUGGAACCAGAGCAGAGAUCAGAGAUUAUCCAUCAUCUGGCUGAUCUGUUGACAGACCAUCGUGAUGAGAUCCUGUCAGCCAACAAGAAAGACUUGGAGGAGGCAGAGGGGAGACUCGCACCUCCUCUGCUGAAACGACUGAGCCUCUCCACGUCCAAGUUGAACAGCCUGGCCAUCGGUCUGCGGCAGAUCGCAGCCUCCUCCCAGGACAGUGUGGGGCGCGUUUUGCGCCGGAUCCGAGUUGCCAAAAACUUGGAACUAGAACAAGUGACUGUCCCAAUCGGAGUCCUACUGGUCAUCUUCGAGUCUCGCCCCGACUGUCUACCCCAGGUGGCAGCCUUGGCUAUUGCAAGUGGUAAUGGCUUGUUACUCAAAGGGGGGAAGGAGGCUGCACACAGCAACCGGAUUCUUCAUGUCCUGACCCAGGAGGCUCUCUCGAUCCACGGAGUCAAGGAGGCCGUACAGCUGGUGAAUACCAGAGAAGAAGUGGAAGAUCUUUGCCGACUAGACAAAAUGAUAGAUCUGAUCAUUCCACGCGGCUCUUCUCAGCUGGUCAGAGAUAUCCAGAAAGCCGCCAAGGGGAUCCCAGUGAUGGGGCACAGUGAAGGGAUCUGCCACAUGUAUGUGGAUUCAGAGGCCAGUGUCGAUAAAGCCUCCAGACUGGUCAGAGACUCUAAAUGUGAAUAUCCAGCUGCCUGCAACGCUUUGGAGACUCUGUUGAUCCACCGAGACCUGCUGAGAACACCCCUGUUUGACCAGAUCAUUGAUAUGCUGCGAGUGGAACAGGUGAAAAUUCACGCAGGCCCCAAGUUCGCCUCCUAUCUGACCUUCAGCCCCUCGGAAGUAAAGUCCCUCCGAACUGAGUAUGGGGACCUGGAGCUGUGCAUUGAGGUGGUGGACAGCGUCCAGGAGGCCAUCGACCACAUACACAAGUACGGCAGCUCCCACACGGAGGUCAUCGUCACGGAGAACGAGAAAACAGCAGAGUUCUUCCUGCAGCACGUUGACAGUGCCUGUGUGUUCUGGAACGCCAGCACCCGCUUCUCUGAUGGCUACCGCUUCGGGCUGGGAGCUGAAGUGGGAAUCAGUACCUCGCGAAUCCACGCUCGGGGACCAGUAGGACUUGAGGGACUACUUACUACUAAGUGGCUGCUACGAGGGGAGGACCACGUGGUCUCGGAUUUCUCAGAGCACGGAACUUUAAAGUAUCUUCACGAGAACCUCCCUGUUCCUCAGAGAAACACCAACUGAAAGCUGCAGAGGAGAGCGGGUGCUCUGAGAGAUCCUCACCGCUGAGCUCGCUCCAGGACCUAGGCUGAGCCGGUCGCACUUCCCACAUCCCGAAGCCCUUCCUGCUGUGGGCUCAUUUUGGCAGCAUUGGUCUUAGCUAAUGACACAAUCCAGCUCACCGUUUUCUUUUUAUUUUUUUAAGUUAGAAAGUGAUUAUUAUGGCCCUAGCUGGUUUGGCUCAGUGGAUAGAGCGUUGGCCUGCAGACUGAAGGGUCCCAGGUUCAGUUCCAGCCAAGGGCACAUGCCUGGGUUGCGGGCUCAAUCCCCAGUAGGGGGCGUGCAGGAGGCAGCCAGUCAAUGAUUCUCUCUUAUCAUUGAUGUUUCUAUCUCUCCUUCCUUCCUCUCUGAAAUGAAUAAAUAGAUUUUUUAAAAGACAAUAAUUAUUAUGGAUAGGGACUUUGCUUAAUUGAUCCAAAUAGGCACUUUGCUUUUCAUGGUCCAGUUUUCUUCAGUGAUAGAAACAAAGAUAAGGUUUCCGAGGUAGAGGCAAUGGAAAAAUUAUGGCCGCUUCUCCCCUUUUUAUUGCCUCAGUGAGGUAAAGUCUCCCUUGGCAUUUGGUUGGUACCAGAGCCAGCCAUACCUAAUACAGGUUUCCACAUUUCUUUCACACUUAUAGUCAUCUUCAAAAAGGAAAGGUCUGAAACUUAGAUAAGGGGCAUCAUUCUCAUCAAAAACAAUCACCAAAAUGGGCCAAUCAUUUCCGCUGGGAGGUUGAUCUCUAUUUAUUUGUGGAGUAACUAUAAGCAUUCCGGACGCUCGCAGCCUCUCUGGUCCAGGAGAUUGGCAGUACUCAUGAUGCAGUUGGAAGCUGGAGCGCAGACAGGAGGUGCAGGUGUCAGGGUGAAGUAUCUGACGAUUAUGCUUGAAAUUUUUAUACGAAUUUUUGUCAUCCUAUCCUUUCCCUCUAAAAUAAAAUUAGAGGCUUAUUUUAAUACUUUGGAUUCUUCCCCCUUUUUGAGAAAUAAAGUUCUU